GCCGCUGCCGGUUACGCCAGCCCCGCCGCCGCCCGCUCCGAUUCUGCGCAUAGGCAGCCCCCAAGCCUGUCAUUCUGCAAAAACACAGUUUACUCAACACACCACACACUCGCACACACACGCGCGCACACACGCGCACACUGGCCCCCGCGCGCACACGCACGGAGGGCGCGAGCGAGCAGACGCGCACACCCGGCGAGCCAAGUUCCGCAGCCUGGCAUGGCUUCUGGGGACCUUUACGAGGUGGAAAGGAUCGUGGACAAGAGGAAGAACAAGAAGGGCAAGUGGGAGUACCUCAUCCGAUGGAAAGGCUAUGGCAGCGCCGAGGACACCUGGGAGCCCGAGCACCACCUGCUGCACUGCGAGGAGUUCAUCGACGAGUUCAACGGGCUGCCCGUGCCCCGGGACAAGCGCGCCAAGGCUGGGAAGCAGCCGGGCGCCGGCAAGCUCCUGCGCGACAGCCGCGGCCCUGGCGACAAGCUGGCCCCGCGGCCUGCAGAGCCCGGCAAGAGCAAGGCGGCCUCGCACAAGCGGAAGCGCAUCAACCCUCCGCUGGCCAAGCCCAAGAAAGGGUGCGCAGGCAAGUCCCCCGGGCCGGGGGGCGAUAGGGCCGCCAAGACCGUGUCCUAUCGGACUACCCCUAGUGGCUUGCAAAUCAUACCCCUGAAGAAGGCUCAGAACGGCCUGGAGAACGGGAACGGGGACGGGGACGGCGGCUCCGAGAAGGACGAGAGGCACUUUGGGAACGGGUCCCUUCAGCCUGAUGUGGAUUUGGAUGACCCGGUUGGAGAGCAGGAUGCUGUGGACUGCGACGGGACCCACUCCGUGCUGGUGGAGAACGGGCUCGGUUCUGCACUGACCAACGGGGGGCUGAGCCUGCACAGCCCCAUGAAGAGGAAGCUGGAGACAGAAAAGGAUUAUGUCUUUGACAAGAGGCUCAGGUACAGUGUCCGGCAGAACGAGAGCAACUGUCGGUUUCGAGACAUCGUGGUGCGGAAGGAGGAGGGCUUCACACACAUCCUGUUAUCCAGCCAGACCUCAGACAACAACGCGCUGACCCCGGAGAUCAUGAAGGAGGUCCGGCGAGCACUGUGCAACGCGGCCACGGACGACAGCAAGCUGCUGCUGCUCAGCGCGGUGGGGAGCGUGUUCUGCAGUGGCCUGGACUACUCCUACCUGAUUGGCCGGCUGUCCAGUGACCGGCGGAAGGAGAGCACUCGAAUUGCAGAAGCCAUCAGGGACUUUGUGAAGGCCUUUAUUCAGUUUAAGAAGCCUAUUGUGGUGGCCAUCAACGGGCCAGCCCUGGGCCUGGGUGCCUCCAUUCUGCCUCUCUGUGACAUCGUGUGGGCCAGCGAGAAGGCCUGGUUUCAGACACCCUACGCCACCAUCCGCCUCACGCCCGCUGGCUGCUCCUCCUACACCUUCCCCCAGAUCCUGGGUGUGGCGCUGGCUAACGAGAUGCUGUUCUGCGGGCGGAAGCUCACGGCCCAGGAGGCCUGCAGCAGAGGCCUGGUGUCCCAAGUCUUCUGGCCCACCACGUUCAGCCAGGAGGUCAUGCUGCGGGUCAAGGAGAUGGCGUCCUGCAGUGCUGUGGUGCUGGAGGAGUCCAAGUGUCUGGUGCGGAGCUUCCUGAAGUCGGUGCUGGAGGACGUGAACGAGAAGGAGUGCCUCAUGCUCAAGCAGCUCUGGAGCUCCUCCAAAGGCCUGGACUCCCUGUUCAGCUACCUGCAGGACAAGAUCUACGAGGUCUGAAGGGCUCCAGCUCACUUGUGCCCAUGCUCAGGGCACCUGACUUCCAGCUCAGCCCUGUGUUCCGGCCACGGAGCCCAGCGUUGCCCUGGCCAAGGAGGCUGUUGAGCUGUCUCUGUCCCUAGGGUCGUGUCCAUUUCCUUGUGUCCUCUGGUCGUCCUCAUUGGCUUGAUUCUGUGUAACAGUGGGAAGGGCAGCGUCCUGGGCCUCCCACACCCCUCCCAGCUGGUACAGAGGUCUCCAGGGCUGCGUCUUCCCAGGGCUCCGCCAGGUGCCGCUGGCCUUUCCCCACUUGCUGACAUGCACCACCGUGGUCCAGGAACGGGAUGCCACUCUCCCCAUCCUUCUGACUCAGGCUGUGUCUGCACAGUGCCUCUGAUUUGGAGAUGGGGCCCUCACGGCUCUCUCUGGCUAAGUGUAGAUCUUGUGCCAGGGGACGAUCAAUCUUAGGGAAUUCACAGACCAAUGAGCAAGUGCUUGUGUAGACCUGGCUUCAGUCUCCUCUCCAGUGCGAAUCUGUGUGACUCUUAGGGCUUGGUCUUAAAACCCAACCAAGUGAUUUACAAACCCAGAUAUUGUACAUUUAGAAAUGUUUUGUUAAAUAUAUAUUUUUAAAACAAUGUAAGUGGAAAUUCUGAUAAUUUAUGUGUAUUAUAUGUAAAGCUAGUUUUGCAAAAAAAAAAAAAAAAACACAUGAACUACUAGGAAAAUGUUUUUUUUUCUUUAAUUGGACUUAUUUAAUUUAUUUAUUUCUGUUUAUAUAUUAUGAUGUCUGUUGUUCACACAGAUCUUAUUUUCAUACUGCCCUGGACCAAAUACCAGUCGAGGUUCAUGCCGUUUGGUGCAUUCUAGCAAUGAACCGCGAGAAAUACAACUCAGAGGGAGGACAGCAGGAGGGCUCUGGAUGCGGAGGCGGCUCUGCGCGGGCCCUCUGUGCUUAGCGGGAUCACGUGACGCUGGCUCUUCAGCCUUGUCCUUAGGAGGGAUCCCCAUGGAGUUUUCUCUUCACUCACUGUCUGUACACAGAUAAAGGGUCUUCUCUGCCCGAAAGGUCCCCAAACACACCCAACCCUGGUUGUGUGACAUCAGGAAGGGGUCAGGCGUAGGCCCACCUGCGGGUGGCACCCUGCCUGGAGUGUUUUUCCUCUGGCAAAGGCCUGACCUGUGUUGUAGAGACUUCCGGGUGUGCGUGUGCAGGGGUCCUGGCGUGGGCCUGAGCGGGGCAGGGAGAGGUCCCCGUCCGCUGCGCUCUCUGCCGAGUCUUAGUUAGUUGUCUUGCCUCUGCAGCCGGAUGCUCUGUCUUUGUUCUGGUUGUCGACUCAUGGGAGGCAGCCAUCACAGGAGGAGGCCUCCCUGUCCCCAUGACCCGGCUGCAGGGCUCCCAACAGCUGUAUUUGGACCAUCACACUGAAGACCCUGCAUCUGCUACAGGGAGUGGGGUGGGCUUUGUGUUUGGGUUUAAAGAGGCGGGUGUGAACAUCAAGGCUGGAGAGGAGGCCUGCGCGAGCCUGCGUGGCCCUGGGGGAGGCACCUGCUUUUCCCCAGUGCCCGUUUCUUCUCCCGUGGCCGGUCUCCUGUCGGCCUUCCCAAAGCCUUGGACCGACCUUGUUCCCGUGUGUUGUGGCAGAGAAUCUCACCGCGGCUGCAUCCUGUGUAGAAAGGGCCUGGCGUUGUUUAGCUUCUGGUGAGGGUUUGGUGGCACUCAGCCACUACAGAAGCAGUGCCAGGUUCUCGCUGGAAUUGGGAGGUGGUAGAGGUUCCUCCAUGUAGAUGUCUGUCUUUGUUUCCUGCUGAAAGAACCAGAAAUGUUUGAACUUUGCACAUAUCAUCAACUCCAGACCUCCAAAGGCUCCGUAACAAGGGGCAGGCCUGUGAAACCCUCCCGCAGUGGAGUCCACGGCUGUUACCCUGCAGGUCCUGGGCGUGGCGGGGUGACUUAAAGGCAGGCUGUGUCUUGGCUGUUUGCAUCAAGUCAGUUCAAUAAGAGAGUUCCACCAAUUGUUCAAAGUUAUCGCCGUCUGUUGCGCACUGAACCACUGGAAUUUUCUCUUUCUGGAUCAUUGUUUUUGCCACCCUGCAGAUAAAAUCCAGGUAGCUUGUAGAAAUUGAUCUGGGAUGAAGAACACCAUGGCCCGUGGUUACCUCAAGGUUUGUCCUAACAGCUGUCUCGAGAUGGGCUCAGACUUUCAGUUUUUAUCUCAUACCCCAGAGGCCUCUCUCUUCUGCUUCCCCGACCCCCGUCCCCACUCCCCCAUACCUAUCCUUUCCUAGAGCCUGGAUAGGUCUUUGAAGAAUUGUCAUUGGUCUUGGAAGCCCCAUCCCAGAAUGCCUUUGGGUUUGGAAGAACAGCUAUAAGUGGGAAGUUGGGGUCCCUGUCCUUAGUCGGGGAUCAUUCUGACAAUCUACUUCUCUCCCACUGCCCCAGCCCGGGGAUGAUGGACUCGGGGCAUCCUUCAUGGGGCUGCGGCACUAACAGCCCUGCUCCCAGAGGACUUGUGCAGAACUUCUGUAACUGUCAGACCUCUUCCUCAUAAGGAAGCCACAGCCCAGUGCCAUGUCACGCUUACCUGUCCUCUCCCACUCAGAAAUGUUGUCAGUGGGGAAAAGCCAUCACCAUUUCUUGCUCAGAAUGAAAUCGGGUAACUUUGAGAAGGAACAAGAGAAUCGAAUUAAAAUAGUAUUCUCGUUUGGUAUAGAUUAAACUAGAACAUGUUCUCAUGAAGCAUGAAAAUACAUUUUCCCCAUAUGAAGUUUCAUGAGGUCAGGAAAAAUAGUAGCCACAGCGGACUUGGAACAACGCGGCCGUAUCCCUGCACAGCCACAUCUAAAAAUAGCCUUGACCGAGUGCCGAAUCGCAUUUCCCAUUAUUAAUUGUUGGAUUUUAAAAAACUAAACCCUUUUAUGUUUCCUUAAGAAAACUUUUAAAAAGUUUGUAAGCUUUUUAAAUUUGGAAUUGAGUCACAUUAACACAAUUUUCCAAACUAGUUUCUGUGGGAUUUUUUUUUUCUAACAAAGAGAAACAAAUAAAAACAACUGCAAAUCUUCCAAAGUGAAUAUUUAAAAUGCAGAAUUGCUUUUGUCCUGGGUUCAGACACUUGGAUCUAUUGUAUAUAUUAGUCUAGACCCUCUCACUAAUAUACACAGUAUUUAAGACUCUAAAUGAGAUUUCUUAAGUAUUUUAUUUUAUUCUCUGUAAAUGGUUUUGUAAAAUCUUUAAAAAUCGACACUUUGCCUUUGUAGAUACAUCUUUGGGGGUUGUCUUGCAUGUAUAUUUUUGUUGUAGAUAAGUGUUGCUUAGUUCUUUCUGCAAAUUUUGGUUGAAAUGCUUACAGACUUUAAUACAGUAUAUAUUUUCAGAAUAUAAACUUUUAUAUUUCUGUGGUAAGUUAGGAUAUGCGUUUUAGGCAAUCUUUUCCAUUUUUAUCACUUGUUCUUUCAAAAAAAAAAUAGCAUACUGGUUUGGUGCCAAUGGGUUGUUUUGUUUUUCUUUUUCUUUCUUUUUUUGAUCUCUUUUUGUUUCCUAUAAUGCUCUUACACUGUUGAAAGAGCAGGUUAAUUUUCUUUUCCUAGAAGUCAUUGAGUUUGAAGCAUACUUUGAAAAUGUAUUGAAUUUGUGAAUAAGCCUUACCAUUAGGAUCAGUAAACCUUCCAACCUUUGCAACUACGGAUGUAGUUUAAGAUCUCCCCAUAAAUUCUCACUGUGUGGCGGUUUGAUGGAGUUUGUGAACAGAGCCUUAAGCUUGUUGCAAAAAAAUAAAUAAAUAAAAGGGUAAUACGGGUUGUUUCCUCCUCGUCAGCCAUGUUGGCGGGCUUGGCGCGUCUGUGGUUCAUGGCUGAUCUGAAGAGUCUGGUGCGUUGAUGGCGGCAGGGACCAGGUCGACUCCUUGGUGGUUGUCUUUGGCCGUGAGAUUGGACCAAGGGUGGGUUUUCUGGAGCCACUUGCAUGCUAUUCACAUGGUUUAGACACGGUCGUGGGGAGGGAGGGCUGCUGGUUCAUCAUCUGUUCCAAACAAACGGCAUUGCCUGCUCCGGACCCUGGCGGUGGACCCCAGGUUCCUUGCGGAUGAACUGGAAUCGUCCCGUCUGGCUGUGGUCAGCAACUCCUCGAGAGAUGCUAACAAAAGUUUACAUAUGAGUCUUACUGUGUAGACAAUCUGAAGUUGGUUUUAGUUCCAUAAUCGGCAUUCCCAUGUGUUCCCUGUGUCCCCUCAAUGAACUCUGUGUGUCGAGCCAAAAUAAAGGGAGGUCACAGGCCAAACUGGAGGCAGAGCCCAGGCCCAGGCCCUGGUUCCGGGCAGCAGUCACAGGCUCAUCAGCAGCGGAUCUGCUGUGUCUGGGAUCUAGGAAAACCAGCUAGAAUUUGGACUUUGUUUUCAAAAUGAUAAAAUAUUCCAGUUUCUUUGGUUGCCCACAGUUCACUGGCUGAUGCUCUGUACCAGCACUUUAAAUGGGAUCCUGAGUUCAGGGCCGUGGUACAGGUAGUCACUUGGUUUGCAAAGUCACCUUUGCAGCCAGCAGAAUGGAGAGUUGCUGAUCGGCUUCCGAUUUUGUCUGUGUGGCAGUCCAAAGCCAGUGUCUUGCAUGAAGCUCGCCUCGUUGGCCUAACAUCUGGCCUGAUGCUGGAGCUCAUUGACUCUGGGAAGUUCAGAGAUUAUUAUACAGAGUUUUCCAUCUAGUAUUUAAUUUGUCCCUGUGCCAUUAGUCCCAGCUUGAAGUCAUUUGCCAAUGUCUGUGUUGACAGGAUUGUGAAAAUAUUGCCUUUCAUAAAACCAAGGACCAAAGAUUCCAUUAGUUCAACAAAGCACGAGUUUCAUAGAUUGUAGGCACAUCUAGGCAGAGGUGUGCGGGCGUGAUGGCACAGAGAAACCUCUCAGUCCCCCAACCUCACACACACAGAGGGACCAGUUGUCACUGAGAAGGCUCUGAAGGUGGAGUUUCUAGGUUGGUACUCACUAACUCAGGUGGGUGUUUCUGCUGUGUAGUCUAGGCCUUUGUAUUCAUCUCAUAGCAAGUGGGAAUCUGGCCUUCCUCUGGGUUAUCUGACCUGUGUAGAUCCCUCCAUUUGCACCUGAGCCUCCCGCUUGGGUUUUACAGGUGGAUCUACGCUGGGCAGCGGGCUCCUACCAUUGCCAGAUUCCCAUCCCUUUGUUCUGCAUCCACCCAUUCCAAUUCCUGUUUGGGAGGGGAAGAAUUUUCCUCCGUUCUCACACUAAGCAAUGCUCCAUUCUCAUUUGUGAUGAAAUCAUCGACCCAUUGACCAGUUGAGAAAUGACUGAUGCUGAAGAAGUGCUGUUCUAUUGGUAAGGCUUAUUACCAAACUUCUGAUAACGAAGCAGGCUACCAAAAACAUAUCCAGCCCACCCCGGGAGUGUUUGGGUUUGAUCAUGGAUGUACACACACACACACACACACACACACACACCAAAAUCCACGGAGACCUUUGCAAAUUAGACUACUCGUUUUCUUUUGCCCGAUUGUCAUGGGAGAGUCUUCAGCUCGUUCUGAAUAUGUGUACGUAUGAGUACUUCAUAGAGUCGUGAAGCCGGUACCGCUGACCCACCCGUUCUCACCACGUUGUAAAUAUUUCCCCAAGCUGGGUACAGUGCUGAGGGAUGAUAAUCUGAUUUAUCCAAUGCUGACUGUCUAGAGCAAAUUGUACACUCUCUUUGUGAAUGGUCCUGUAACGUGUAUGAACACAUUUCUGGGUGCCUUAGAAGUUGUAUUUUUCAUGUGUGCUAAUAUGCAGUAUUUAUACAUUGUGAGAAGCUGCUUUGAAUAAAAAGGUUGAAACUUCGUCUCCA